UUAUAAAACAGCGUGAUCUCGUUACAUCGUCAACUCAGUUCCCGAUCUCGCGUCGCGGCCGUUCUGUUCGUUGCACGUUUGCCGAAUCCAAGGAAAAUAAUCAACGACCGGCAAGGAUCAGGUAUCAUUCGGCGACAAUACAUACAAUUAGUGCUGAAUACGAUAGUCAGCAUCGCAGAUACAAUCGUUGCUAGUGAUUCUCAGACAAAGAAAUUGGCAGUUCCAAAAUGCAGAAGUUCUCACUGACGUGCCUCGUAUUUACCAUUGCCGCACUCAUAAUUGCGGAGUUCUCGAGUGGUCAACCUACGAAUUUAAGCAAGCACAACGGAACGGAAAUCGGAGUUUCAGGUUCGUUAUCCUGUCAACAAUCUUUGGACAAAAUUGGCUGUGUACCCUGUUUAAAUAGGAGCGAUUAUAUUACUACGCCGGGUCUAGGAGCCCACAAGAUUCAUAAACAUCAGGUGACGUGGAACGAAGCGCGAAAGAUCUGCUUGAGGGAAGGAGCUCGCUUGCCCAUCUUAGAUUCUGCGAGCGAAGAAGCCCUGUUCAAAGGCUGGAUGAAAGAAGCGCACUUGGAUCGUGUCUGGUUAGGUUUUCACGAUUUGUUUGAGGAAGGGUCCUGGACAACUGUGACCGGCGAGUUGGUCGAUACGAUGAGCUAUCAUCCAUGGGGUAACGAUGAGCCCAACAAUUUAAGCGAUAGACAGCACUGUGCAGUCCUAUGGGAAAAAUUUAAGGAAGGUGGGGGGGCUGACGACAUCGCCUGCGACGACAAGUGUUCGUUCGUCUGCGAAAUCAAUUUGUGUAAUUUAAUAUAAUAACUUAAAUUUAAUAUAAUAAUUAAAUAUAAUAAUUAA